UGUGAGAAUCUGACGAUCACUUAACUCCAAAUCUCAGUGGCAAAUAUGUAAUUUCAACUGUAACGUUUCAACAAGAAAAAAGCUCUCUCUUUUCUUUUUUUUUCUUCUCUCUCUCUUUCUUUCUUCCUUCUUUCUUUCUUCAAGCAGCUUCAGAGCAUUUGAUUGAUGAUCAUCUAUCCAAGUCUCAUUUCGUACUUUACAUGAGGAUUCCUCGUCUGGUUCUCUACCGAAAAUGGAAUCUGUAGUGGUACAGCCACGUCCCGAGACCCCUGUCUCUGCUCAAGUAAUCCAUGGCUCAAGUGGCUGUGAUGAUGUCUCCAACGAAGACGGGGAGCCACGUAGGAGCUCCGGUGCGGUGGUGGAGGAAGGAGAGAUAGUGAAGGAUGAAGAGAGGAGAUCCAAUGCGUCGGUGUGUUCGGUGGAAGUAGAUCUGGAGCUUGGAUUGCCCGAGGACGUCGUACAUUUGUCGCAAUCUGAGAGAGAUUGCAGGAUUUGCCACAUGAGCUUAGAUGCUGCGAAUCUUGAAUCUGGUGUUCCCAUUGAGCUUGGCUGUUCUUGUAAAGCUGAUCUCGCUGCUGCUCACAAGCACUGUGCUGAGACUUGGUUCAAGAUCAAAGGAAACAAAAUCUGUGAAGUAUGCGGGUCGAUUGCGGGUAAUGUUGUUGGAAUUGUUGAGGUGGAGUCUGAGGAAUGUCUGAAUGAAGAAAAUGGUGUAGUGAAUCCAGCUCUGAGAACAGCUGGUCCACGAUUAGCUGAAGCUAGAAGCUUCUGGCAAGGACACCGUUUCUUGAAUUUCCUUUUAGCUUGUAUGGUCUUUGCCUUUGUGAUCUCAUGGCUCUUCCACUUCAAUGUUCCUUCUACAUAGCUAGAAAGGAGUAUUGCUUAACCCUCCAUAAGAAGAAGAGAUUCAGAGGGUUGAAAAGGAGAAGGGUCAAAGCUAGUAGAGAUCUAUGGGAAAGGUAUUUCAAUCUUGUACCAAUGCCAUUUUCCCACUUUUUAAGUUUAAUGUAAGUUUAGAGAGGAAGACCAAGACCUAGAAGAGCGCCAUAAUGCGAUUUGAGGGUUCUUAUUUCUGUUCUUGAAAAUGUAAAUGUGUUUUGUGGUUGAGGAUAAUGUAUAUAGCUCUAGUCACUCUAAAGCUUAAUGCAAUUGCAGUCUUGUGAAAGUAUCUUCUCUUAUCUCAA